CUGCUGCUGACGUUGUUGCUGUUAGAGUGACGAUGGCGUCCACAGACCAGCCCCUCCUGGACCUAACGGACAAGGAAACCCUAGAAAAGCUCUCCUUGUGGGACCGCCGCACGGAUGCGAUGGCUCCCCUCACGGAGAAGCAGAUGGACUCUGUUCUGGAUAUCCGAACCGCAGCCGAAACACUCUCUGUUCCCUCGGAGUUGCCCAUUGAGGACUUGUGCAGCCUGUCGUCUCGGUCCUUGCAGUCUCCGUUCACAGCAACUGUGCCUGCUUCGACCGAGGACAUCCUCCUGAAAGGCUUUCAGAUGAUUGGUAUGGAAAAUGACAGGAUAGAAACCGCACAGCAGUUUUUUGCCUGGUUUGCCAAGUUGCAGGCAAACAUGGAUCUGGAUGAGAGCAUAAAAUACAGGAGAACCAGGGAUGAACUAAACUGCUCCCAGGAACAGUGUGAUGCUAUCCUGAAAGAUGUCGGUGUAGCUCUUGCUCACCUGGAUUCCCUUCAGAAACAGUAUCUGUUUGUGUCCAAUAAGACCGGUGCUCUUCACGAGGCCUGUGAACAGCUUCUCAAAGAGCAAUCGGAACUGGUUGACCUCGCGGAGAGCAUUCAGCAGAAAUUGUCGUAUUUUAAUGAGUUAGAAAACAUAAACACGAAGCUGAAUUCUCCUACUUUAUCUGUAAAUAAUGAAGGUUUCAUACCAAUGUUGUCCAAAUUAGAUGACUGCGUAGAGUAUGUUUCCUCCCAUCCCAAUUUUAAGGAUUAUCCAGUUUAUUUGUCCAAGUUUAAACAGUGUCUCUCUAAAGCUAUGCACUUCAUGAAGGUCUACAUUGUAAACACUAUGCAAUCCCUCACCAGCCAGUUAACAAAAAGGGAUCCAACAGGCUUGACUAAUGCAGACAACGCCUUUACACUUUAUUAUGUUAAGUUUAGAGCAGCUGCACCUAAAGUUAGAUCAUUGAUUGAACAAAUAGAGCAGAGAGCAGAGAAGAUUCCUGAAUACCAGCACCUCUUAGAUGAAAUCCAUCAGUGUUAUCUGGACCAGAGAGAGCAGCUCCUCAGUCCCUGCAUUACAUCCACCAUUACUGACUUAACCAAGCAAAACAGCAAAGACCACUGUGCUCUGGUUCGCAGUGGCUGUGCCUUUAUGGUUCAUGUGUGUCAGGAUGAACACCAGCUGUACAACGAGUUCUUCUCCAAAUCUACCCCCAAACUAGAUGAGCUUCUAGAGAAGUUAUGUUUGUCACUGUAUGACGUUCUCCGGCCGCUGAUUAUCCACAUCGUCCACCUUGAAACCCUGUCUGAGCUCUGCAGCAUCCUGAAGAACGAGAUGCUGGAAGACCAUGUUCAUAACAAUGCUGCUCAGCUGGGCGCCUUUGAUGCGGUAGUGAAGCAGAUGCUGGAGGAUGUCCAGGAGAGGCUGGUCUACAGGACCCACAUUUACAUUCAGACUGAUAUCUCAGGUUACAACCCAGCUCCGGGUGAUCUGGCUUACCCGGAAAAACUGGAGAUGAUGGAGAGAAUUGCUCAGAGUUUGAAGGAAGAACAGCUCAAGCAAACGUCGCAAGAGCCCUCGUUUUCGGACGUACAGCUCGACGAUGCAGAAGCUAGAAGAAACAGUAAUGCCGGAAGCUUAGAAGCAUCUCGUCUACACACGUCUGUGUCUCCCGCUGAUCUGCACGGCAUGUGGUACCCCACUGUCAGGCGAACACUGGUUUGUCUGUCCAAGCUCUACAGAUGCAUAGACAAAGCAGUGUUUCAGGGUUUAUCUCAAGAAGCCUUAUCUGCCUGCAUCCAGUCGCUGCUCAAAGCCUCCGAUAUCAUCCUGAAAAACAAGACACAAAUAGAUGGGCAACUUUUCCUGAUCAAGCACCUGCUGAUAAUGCGUGAGCAGAUUGCUCCAUUUCACACUGAUUUUGCCAUCAAGGAAAUCUCACUGGACCUGAAAAAAACGCGGGAUGCUGCCUUCAAAAUCCUGAACCCUAAGGCUGUUCCCAAAUUCUUCCAACUCAAUAGUCACAAUGCCAUACUCGAAUUCCUGUUGGAGGGAACACCAGAGAUAAAGGAGCACUACAUUGACUCAAAGAAGGAUGUGGACCGACACCUGAAGUUCAGCUGUGAGCAGUUUAUCCAGCAGCAGACUCAGAUCUUUGUGGGGAACCUUGAGGAGUUUCUCACCAAGGUUGCAGCUCUUAAAACCAUGGUAGUGCAAGGUGGUCCCACGUACAGCCUGUCUCAGCAACCUUGGGCACAGCCAGCAAAGAUCAACGAUGUAGUGAUGGCCACCUACCGGGUGAUGAAGAGCAAGCUGCCCGGCACUUUGCAGAGCAUGUCCUUGUACUUGGCCAAUAGAGACACAGAGUUCAUCCUUUUCAAGCCUGUCCGGAAUAACAUCCAGCAGGUAUUCCAAAGACUGCACGCCUUGCUUCAGGAGGAAUACAGUGGAGAAGACCUUCAAAUCAUCGCAUGUCCAUCCAUGGAGCAGAUUAACCUGCUACUGUCUGUGAAUAAGUAAAGUCUGGUGAAGAUGCUCUCCAUAGCAACAUGAAGCCACAGCUUCAGCCACGCCCCCGAAGCCGUGAAGCUGCGAGAAGACCAGAUAAACUGCACCGCUACCGCCUGCAGGUUCAGGAAGGCUGGAUGGAAGUUUAAAGUGGAUCUCACACUAAUCCAAAGAUUUACUUUAAAUUCUUUUAUUCUCUCUCCCGCCAUCUCUCCAUUUUGAAGAUUCACUACAACCAGGGAGGUGGCCAUCAGCGUUUUGGGGUGUAGAGUUAAUGAUUGAAUUAGAAGCGGUGGCGGGUUAGGGCUGCUUUCAUCUAAGAGAAAUCCGUGGCUACAGUAAUGGGUUUUUGAUCACAGUUGCAUCCCACCACCAAAUUGUUUGGGGGGGGGAUAAAAAGGGACAUGAUUUCCAUUCCUGGUGGAAAUCUCUGAUUAGAACCCAUUAGGUGCACAAAUAGGCUCGUUGAACAGCUGCUCAUCAGGCAGGAAGCUAAUGGCCAGUACGGAGCUGACGGUCAUACGCUUCAAUUCCCCUCCUGGAUUUGGAAGGGCAGCAUAAAAAAAAAAACAAGAAAUGCUGCAGAAUGUUUCGUUUUUAUUUUCUUUUUGUAACACUCUGUGACUCAGGUCCAACAUGUUACCCCUCAGAUCCAAUCAGCACAGCUGCUUUCAUCCAUAUCCUCCUUGAACAGGUUUCUGGGGAUUCUGUUGCACAUUUAAUGUUUUAUACUUUUGUUCUUUUACAACUAGAUUGAUUAAAAACAUUUAUUCUGACACAAUAAUAAGCAUUGGGACUUUGCUCUGUAUGAUGUAUGAAUGUGUAAAGUCCUCAGAGUAGCAGGACGUCAUCAGUGUAAUGUAUUUACUCCAGUGUGUCCCGUGUAAAAUGACGUGUAGAGGUCUUCUAUUUAUGGGCGUCCUAAUUAAAAAGAGGUUAAUAAAGUUA